AGCUAUAUAAGGCUGGCGGCGGUCCCGGGACAGACCCCGUGGUCCCCACAGCGCCCUCAGCCCGCCCGAGGGACAGAGAGCGGAGCCCCGUCCUGCGACGUGCAGACACUCUCCCGCAACCUGGCCGGCGGCACCAUGAAGCAGGGGGGACGCGCGGCACUGCUGGUGGCGCUGCUGCUCCUGGCACAGCAGCGCCCGGGGAGCAGCCGGUGGAGCCCGGAGGCGGCGGCGGCCGGGGUCCGGGACCCGAGUCUGCGCUGGAGCCCCGGGGCGCGGAACCAGGACGGCGGGGCCCGCGCGCUGCUCUUGCUGCUGGCCGAGCGCUUCCCGCGCCGCGCGGGGCCCGGCCGGUGGAGAUCCCGGACCGCGGGCGAGCGGCCGAGACGGGACGACCCUCCGCUGUCCAUUGAUCUCACCUUCCACCUGCUGCGGACCCUGCUGGAGCUGGCGCGGACACAGAGCCAGCGGGAGCGCGCCGAGCAGAACCGCAUCAUAUUCGAGUCGGUGGGCAAGUGAUCGGCGCGGUCUGCAGCCACGAAAACCUCGACCCCCGUCCCCCACCCC